AUGGCCCGUUUCCUCAGAAUUUUCUAUAGUUCGGUGCUAUUGAUCGUAUUAUGUGUCCAUUUUGGUACAGUCAGAUGUCAAGAUGAGAGGCCACGAAAAGCCAAAGCAGAUGAAAAGAAAACUGAGGAUUUCGAAUGUCCAACAAGCACAGGAAAUGGAAAUUAUGCGGAUCCAGUUAUGUGUAAACGAUUUUAUCAGUGCGUCGAUGGUUUUCCAUACGUGAACAGAUGCCCUUCUGGAUUGCACUUUGAUGAUAUUUCGAAAUAUUGCACAUUCAAAAAUGAGGCCAGGUGCGGCCCUAUAGCAUCAACUCCUGCUCCUGUUACUGAAGAACCUACCGAUCUAGCUGUGAAAUGUGAUCUAGAGAAGUGUCAACUUCCAUAUUGUUUCUGCUCCAAAGAUGGAACACUGAUCCCUGGAAACCUAGAUCCAGAAGAUACGCCGCAAAUGAUAUUGUUAACAUUUGACGGUGCCGUUAAUUUAAACAAUUACGAUCACUACAGAAAAGUGCUAAAUCACAAACGCAAAAAUCCCAACGGAUGCGAGAUCAGAGGUACAUUUUUCAUUUCUCAUGAGUACAGCAAUUACCAUAUGAUACAAGAACUGGCUAGCGAAGGACACGAGAUGGGAACAGAAACGAUUUCACUUCAACACGGACUGGAGAACAAGGGAUACGAAGAAUGGGUAGGUGAAAUGGUGGGCAUGAGAGACAUCUUGAAACAUCUUUCGAACAUAUCGAAAAGUGACGUAGUUGGGAUGAGAGCACCUUUUUUGAAACCAGGAAGGAACACGCAAUACAAGGUUUUAGAAGAGUUCGGAUACAUUUUCGACAGUUCGAUAGGGGUACCUGCACUUCCCAUACCAGUGUGGCCUUACACGUUGGACUAUAAAAUUCCUCACGAGUGCAAAUCUGGAACCUGUCCCACGAAGUCAUUUCCAGGCGUGUGGGAGGUCCCUCUGAACACCCACUACGUGGAGGGCUUCGAGGGCGGGCAUUGUCCCUACCUGGACCAGUGCGUGCUGCACAACCACGACGCCGACGACGUGUUCGAGUGGCUGCAGGAGGACUUCCUGCGGUACUACGACCAGAAUAGGGCGCCAUACAUGAUGCCCUUCCACACCAACUGGUUCUCCAUCAAGGAGCUCGAGAAAGGGCUGCACAAGUUCCUUGCCUGGGCUGAAACUCUCGACGACGUGUGGUUCGUGACGACCACCCAAGCCCUCACGUGGAUCACCGACCCGAAGCCCGCCAGCCAACUCUCCAACUACGAGCCCUGGGCCUGCGACAGGAAAGAAACGCUGCCGCCCAAGCCGUGCAAGCUGCCCAACAAGUGCGCGCUCAGCUUCAAGCGGCCCGAGCUGAACGUGACCGACACGAGAUAUCUGGAGACGUGCAUGGAAUGUCCGAGGCAGUAUCCCUGGCUGGACGACGCUACUGGCUCCGGGGUGCUGGGAAAAGAUAAUUACGUUCCUGACAAUGUCAGGAAGUAG